CUUUUGUUGUCAAAUACAAACAUUCAGUUUGCCAUGAACGCUCCCCUCUUUGAUCUUCAGUCUUUUUCAAUUAUUGAGUCGCGUUCACUAAGCAUAAAACAACCACAAAUAUCACAUCUACAUCAUUCAAAUUGGAAACUUUAGAAGAAUCUUUCUCAACAAGAAUUUACAUCGAUGAAUAUGCUCUCAACAAAGCCAUGAAGUUAGCAGAGAAUAAAGAUGCCAAAGCUGUGACAAAUUAUAAUAUUUUAGAUCAGUUAAGACAGGUGGGCACACAUUUUGAGUCGCCUUCAACAUAUUAUUGUGUUGUGCGUCUGGUUUUGUAACUAGAAUGCAUCAGUGCCAACCAUACUCUAUAUUUACGUUAUCAAACUUUGACCGUGGUCGAUGUCCUUCUGCCGAAAUAUUCUCAAGUAUCGCUGAUAAUGUUUUGCAAUCAGGUGACAAAGGAAGAUUGAGUAAGAAUGUAGUAGAAAAUGGUUUGUCAAGUGGCAAUAAAGAAAUCGAAAAAGUCAUCAGCGAAAUUCUCAAGCUUUAUGGUGAUAAACAACAGUCUCUAAGCAUCAUUGGAGAUACUGGAUUGAAUCCUCUUUUAGAAAAGUUGGCUGUUCUUCACCAACCUUACAUCAAUUCAGCAAACGAUUCAUUGGCAACAGCUUUUAACGAUUUAUUUCAAUUUUUCAAAAAGUAAAAAUACAGGUGUAGACUCAUGAAAAUUGUAUAAAGUUAAAUUCAUAUCACAUAUGCAAUGAGGGUUAAUUGUUGUUGAACCUUAAAAUAAAUGAAUAUCGUUUUCAAAAACUAGAGCUGCUGUGGAGAAACUGGGGGUUCUCACUAAAAAAAUAAACAGUUAUAAAAUGGAAUAAACUGAAAGUACUCUUGGGGAAUUUAUUCCAGUAUAAAGAAAUUAUCUUUUCCAUAUCUACAAUUAUAUGGGCUUUAUACACAUGUGGUGCUUUAAGGUUUUAGAAAGGUUUUAGAUGGAAAGACUUGUAUAGAAUACGUUGAGACUGUUUUGUAGUGUUUAUU